AUGGAGGAAGGCGUAAAAUCGCAGAGCGGAGCAGAGAAGCUGGACCCGGGGGCAGCCGCUGCUCCCGCUUUCAGCCAGCAGAUCUCCGUGAGCGAGUUCUCUUGCCACUGCUGCUAUGACAUUCUGAUCAACCCGACCACUUUGAACUGCGGGCACAGCUUCUGCCGGCACUGCCUCGCCUUGUGGUGGGCGUCCUCCAAGAAGAACGAAUGCCCGGAGUGCAGGGAGAAAUGGGAAGGCUUCCCCAAGGUCAACAUCCUCCUCAGGGACGCCAUUGAGAAGCUGUUCCCAGACGCCGUUGAGCAGCGGAAGGAUGACAUCCAGCAAAACAGCGACGUCUCCCGCAGCCUUGCGGCAUUUCAGAAGUACGGGAAUGACCAGGCCUCCACAGUGCCAAACAUAGGAAGGAUUAAUCCUCGAGGAGGGGGAUUUUUCUCCGGAGUCCUGACAGCUUUAACUUGUGUGGCGGUGGUCUUGCUGGGCUAUCACUGGAGCAGCAGAGAGCUGGAAGACGACCUCCUCGUCCACAAGCCGGUGGUCCGGUGGGGGGCCGAAGAGGUGAUUCACUGGCUUGGACAGCUGGGCCCCUGGGCUGCCCUCUACAAGGAGAGGUUUCUGCUGGAGAGAGUGAACGGCAGGCUCCUCCUGAUGCUAACAGAUGAAGAUUUUGCCAAGGCCCCGUACUACAUAGAGAACAGCAGCCACAGAAAAGCCAUCAUGAUGGAGCUGGACCGGGUGAAGGCGCUGGGUGUGAAGCCGCCACAGAACCUUUGGGAGUACAAGGCAGUGCAUCCGGGCAAGUCUCUGUUCCUGCUCUAUGCCUUGAAGAGCUCCCCGAGGCUCACCAUGCUCUACCUGUACCUGUUUGAUUACACGGAUCUCUUCCUCCCUUUCAUCCACACCAUCUGUCCAAAGCAGGAAGAGGAGCUGGAAGACGUCCUGGCAAAACUGCUGGACCUGAAGGAGCCCACGUGGAAACAGUGGCGGGAAUUCCUGUUCAAGUACUCCUUCCUGCCCUACCAGCUGAUUGCAGAGUUUGCCUGGGACUGGCUAGAGGUGCAUUACUGGACAUCCCGCUUCAUCAUCGUCAAUGCCAUGCUGCUCUCUGUCCUGGAGCUCUUCUCCUUUUGGAGGCUGUGGUCAAGGAGGGAACUGAAGACCAUCCCGCACCGGAUGUGGAGUCACUUCUGGAAGGUGUCCACCCAAGGACUCCUGGUGGCCAUUUUCUGGCCCCUCAUGCCUCAGUUUGUCUGCAACUGCCUCUUCUACUGGGCCUUGUACUUCAACCCCAUUAUAAACAUCGACCUCGUGGUGAAAGAGGUGCGCCGCCUGGAAACGCAGGUGCUGCUGUGA